AUGUCUUCGAAAAUCAUGGCAAAGGAGGAGCCAUCCUUGGAAUCACCGUCUCUGAUUAUGUUACUUCCCCAUGACGUCAUGGUUGGCAUAUUAGCACGUGUAUCGAGAUUCGACUAUCCAACACUCUCCCUAGUUUGCAAGCGCUUCCGGUCAAUAGUUACGUCGCCUGAGAUAUUCACAAGACGAUCUUUGUUGGGACGCACGGAGCACUGUCUCUAUGUCGUUCUAUCUUUGCAGAACCGUAAGCAUAUUUAUAUUCUCGGCAAGAACAAAACUAACGGCGAUAGCCCUCUGGUGUUGGUCCCGUCGCUUCCUGCUAUGCCUAUGUAUGUAAACUGCGUAUCAGUGGGAUCGAGGAUAUACGCGUUUGCUCGGAGGAGCGAUUUCGAGAUGAUGACGUUAAGCAUUGACUGUGGAUCUCAUACCGUGCAACCCUUCCCUAGUAUUCCUGAAUACGUGAACUGUACAGGCGGCACUGGUAUCAUAGAGGGGAGAAUUUACGGAGUUGGAUGUCGCUUUGUGAAGGACUACUGGGAGAGGGUGAUGGUGGUGUUCAAUACAAAAACACAGCUGUGGGAGCCUGGGAUGAUAUCAGAAGAGAAGGAGGGUAUUAUGUGUGGUUGUGUGGUGAUGGCUGAUAAGAUUUACACGAGAAAUUCUACUAACAGCUUUGUUUACGAUCCAACGGAGAGUAAAUGGGAAAAAGACGAGAUGCUUAAUCUUCACAAAUGGGAAAAUGCGUGUGUUAUUGAUGAUGUAUUGUACUAUUUAGAUUGGGACGAGAUGGAGUUAAGGGCUUAUGAUGGAAAGCAGAGGUGUUGGCAGGUGGUAAAAGGUUUGGAAGCGUUGUUGCCUGAGAUGAGAAGAAGACAAGUAAAAGAGUGGUCACAGACUGUGAAUUACGAUGGAAAAUUAGCUUUGUUUUAUCCUAAAGAAAACUCUGAAAUUUGGUGUGCGGAGAUUUCUCUGGAAACACGUCAAGGAGGGGAGAUUUGGGGUACUGUUGAGUGGUGCCGUCAUCUCGUGACUGCGCACUCUCUUUUUUUGAAAGCUCUAGAUGUUGUUGUCUGA